UGAAAGUCCCUCAACCAAAAGUCCCCGGGUACCGCGUCAGCGGUUCCAUGCUCUUCUUUCCUUUUGCCCGUGAGCAGCAAAAAUUCAGCAAAUAUAUUAGGGCACCCGCUGACCAUGUUAAUUAUUUAGCCUAUUAUAUGUUCUCGAAUCUUCAUCAUCCCUUUUCGCACGAUUCCUAUAAAAUACAGAGCGCUUUGAAGCGCAGCGCAGCGCACAAGAACAACUUCGUUCCCUUCCCUUCCCUUGCAGUUGGCGAACCUGUUCAUUGAUCAUUAAGAUCAUCCUCCCAGCCAAGCCCAGGUACAAAGGAUUUUCACACACAUUAAUCACCAUUAGGAAUAUCCUUUACAAGAUAGAUGGAGGUGCCUUUUCUCCUACACACCCACCAGCGAUGGUCGAUGACUUCAAUCUGGUUUUGCCUUUUGCUGGUAUUGUUUGUACAAUAUUGGCAACCAACAACCUCAAGCGCCACUUUUUUGGUUGGACUUGGGAGCUAUGACAUUACAGGACCUGCCGCUGAUGUCAAUAUGAUGGGAUAUGCUAAUAUGGAGCAAAUUGCUUCUGGAAUUCACUUUCGGCUACAAGCUCGAACAUUUAUUGUUGUUGAGCCCGGGGGGAAGCGUGUAGCAUUUGUCAAUCUUGACGCAUGCAUGGCUUCACAACUUGUUACUAUUAAGCUGCUUGAAAGAUUGAAAUCAAGGUAUGGUGAUUUGUACACUGAGCAGAAUGUAGCUAUUAGUGGUAUACACACUCAUGCUGGACCUGGGGGUUACCUUCAGUAUGUUGUCUAUAUUGUAACAUCUCUUGGAUUUGUUCGCCAGUCAUUUGAUGUCAUUGUGAAUGGCAUUGAACAAAGCAUCAUUCAAGCUCAUGAAAACCUACGCCCUGGAACUGUAUCUGUGAAUAAAGGAGAACUACUUGAUGCUGGUAUCAAUCGCAGUCCCAGUGCGUACCUCAAUAAUCCUUCCCCAGAGCGUAGCCGAUACAAGUAUAAUGUCGAUAAAGAAAUGACAUUAUUGAAGUUUGUAGAUGAUGAAUGGGGACCAGUCGGUGCUUUUAAUUGGUUUGCAACUCAUGGGACAUCAAUGAGUCGGACAAACUCUCUGAUUAGUGGGGACAACAAAGGAGCUGCCGCCCGGUUCAUGGAGGACUGGUUUAAACAAAAGAGCCUUGAUGAAAUCGACAUUGUAUACCCUGAGGGAUUAGACACUUUGAAGAUAAAUGAAGGAUCUCCUCGGAGAGUAUCUACCAUAAUACCUCGUCUACCUAGUGGUGUUGAUGAGUUAAAGCAAAUUGCAUCCUCCUUCCAGGCAUCUGGUGGUAAGCGAGUGACUAGGUCCUUUAGUGUCACUCGCCGGUUGCGGAGUUCUUUCAGACGGGGUAAUAGACCAAAAUUUGUCUCUGCAUUUUGUCAAUCAAACUGUGGAGAUGUUAGUCCAAAUGUUCUUGGAGCAUUCUGCACAGACACUGGCCUUCCUUGUGAUUUCAACCGCAGUACCUGUAACGGGAAGAAUGAACUCUGCUAUGGCCGUGGCCCUGGUUACCCAGAUGAGUUUGAAAGCACACACAUCAUUGGAGAAAGGCAAUUUAGAAAAGCUGUUGACCUUUUUACUACAGCAUCUGAACAAAUAAAGGGAAAAGUUGAUUAUCGUCAUACUUAUUUGGAUCUCUCUCAUCUUGAGGUCACUCUUCCUUCAAGUGAUGGAAAUAAAAGAGUGGUGAAGACAUGCCCUGCAGCUAUGGGCUUUGCAUUUGCUGCCGGAACUACUGAUGGCCCUGGUGCUUUUGAUUUCCAACAAGGGGAUGACAAGGGUAAUGCAUUUUGGAAAUUGGUGAGGAACCUUUUGAAAAUGCCUGGCAAGGAGCAAAAGGAGUGUCAGCAUCCAAAGCCAAUUUUGUUAGAUACUGGUGAAAUGAAGAAACCAUAUGAUUGGGCGCCUUCAAUUCUUCCAAUUCAAAUAAUAAGGAUCGGACAGCUUGUAAUCCUCUGCGUACCUGGAGAAUUUACUACGAUGGCUGGACGGCGUCUUCGGGAUGCUGUGCGCACUGUACUCACCAGUGGCAGCAAUGGGGAAUUUGACAAAAAUGUCCACAUUGUUAUAGCUGGUUUGACAAAUUCAUACUCGCAGUAUGUUACCACUUAUGAAGAGUACCUGAUUCAAAGAUAUGAGGGAGCUUCUACGUUGUUUGGGCCACACACACUUGAUGCAUACAUUCAGGAGUUCAAAAAACUUGCAGCGGCGCUAGUUGGUGGGCAGAGUAUCUCAUCAAGUCUACAGCCUCCUGAUCUUUUGGAUAAACAAAUCAGUCUCCUCCCUGGUGUUGUCUUGGACUUGACUCCAGUCGGUGUCAAAUUUGGUGAUGCCAAGAUUGAUGUCCCUCUGAAUUCGACAUUCAAACGAGGGGACAUGGUAACUGCAACAUUCUGGUCUGGCUGCCCAAGGAAUGACCUCAUGACAGAAGGGACAUUCUCCUUGGUGGAGGUUCUACAUGGUACUGAUACCUGGGCUCCGGCGUAUGAUGAUGAUGAUUUCAGCCUGCGUUUCAAGUGGUCGAGGCCUAAGAAAUUGAGUCCUCAGAGCUAUGCAACCAUAGAAUGGCGAAUUCCUGAAACUGCUGCUUCAGGUGUCUAUAGGUUGCGACAUUUUGGUGCCUCGAAGAGCUUGCUUGGAUCCAUUAAGCACUUCACAGGAGCAUCCCGGGCGUUUGUUGUGGUGUAACCAUGGAUUAUAGAAGUUUUUAGUGUUAGUGUACCUUGGCAUAUAAUCAAAGGAAUUGCUUCUCAUGUGAACCAGAGUGAUUGUUUUCUUGUUCAGAAGCGUGGGAUGUAGUUAAUUAGGUUGCCCACUUUUAUCUCCUCACGUGUUUAUGAUUUCAAAGGCUGAGCUUGUUGUGUUAAAAGGAAACAUCUUACAUGAUAUUUAAGAGCACGCAGCUUAUUUCAGUAAA